AUGAGUCAGUUCUGUCUGCAAAAUUCCUCCAGCGUGAGACAGGCCUCCCCUGCGGCUCGUUUGCAGACUGCGCACAAAGUGGAAAGUUUGGAGCCGAAGUGCAGGAUGGGCCGUGAAAAAGAGAGAGAGAGGGAGAAAAAGCAGCCCACAGACGUUAAAGGCAACAUUAUCUCCGGACAGACGGCUGCAGCAGACCAGAUUCACUCUGCAAACUCAGCUCCUUCGCCUAUCAUCAGAUUUCCAGGAGACGAUACUCCCAAAACAGACAAAGAAGUUGCUUUGCACUACUUGAAUAAAUUCUAUGGAUGCCCACAAGACAGAUGCAAUUUGAUGAUGUUGAAGGACACUUUAAAGAAGAUGCAAAAGUUUUUCUCUCUACAAGAAACUGGAGAGAUUGAUGCAAAAACUGUGGAUAUCAUGAAAAAGCCCCGCUGUGGUGUUCCAGAUGUGGCAAAUUACAACUUCUUCCAUAGAAAACCACUGUGGCAGAAGAAAGACGUCACCUACAGAAUCUUGGGCCACACUCCUGAUCUUGAUGAGGAAGUCAUCAAUGACGCUUUCUUCAGAGCCUUUAAAGUGUGGAGUGACGUCACUCCACUCACAUUCACCAGACUUAUGGACGGAGAAGCUGAUAUCAUGAUCAACUUUGGUCGUAAUGAGCAUGGGGAUGGAUAUCCAUUUGAUGGAAAAGACGGUCUUUUGGCUCAUGCCUUUGCUCCUGGUCCUGGCAUUGGAGGAGACUCUCACUUUGAUGAUGAUGAACAGUGGACUUUGGGAGAAGGACAAGUUGUGAAGUCAAAGUUUGGCAAUGCUGAUGGAGACUUUUGUAAAUUCCCAUUCCUGUUUAUGGGCACCGAAUACAACAGCUGCACUGCUCAGGGCCGAGACGAUGGUUUCUUGUGGUGCGCCACAACAUACAACUUUGAUGCCGAUGGAAAAUAUGGUUUCUGCCCCCAUGAAUUACUGUUUACCCUUGGAGGAAAUGCUGAAGGAGCACCUUGCAAAUUCCCCUUCACCUUUCAAGGAGAAAAGUAUGACAGCUGCACCACACAAGGAAGAGAUGAUGGCUACCGCUGGUGUGCCACCACUGAAGACUAUGACGCAGACACAAGUUAUGGAUUCUGUCCUGAAACAGCCAUGUCAACAGUAGGAGGAAAUGCAGAGGGGAGCCCCUGUGUCUUUCCCUUCACUUUUCUUGGAAACACCUACGAGGCCUGCACUUCAUCUGGACGCAGUGAUGGCAAGAUGUGGUGCGCCUCAACUAAGAGUUAUGAUGAUGACCGCAAAUGGGGAUUUUGUCCCGACCAAGGCUACAGCUUGUUUCUGGUGGCUGCACAUGAGUUUGGCCAUGCUCUUGGUUUGGAGCACUCCCAGGAUCCUGGGGCACUGAUGGCUCCAGUUUACACUUUUACUAAAGACUUCCGCCUUUCUCAAGAUGAUAUCAGUGGCAUUCAAGAGCUCUAUGGUGUCCCCACAGACAAGCCAAUGCCUCCCACACAGGGACCAGUCACCCCCAUGGACAUCUGUAAUGAACCUGUUGUCUUUGACGCUGUGGCACAGAUCAGAGGAGAGACGUUCUUCUUUAAGGACAGAUUCAUGUUCAGGUCAGUUAACUUCAGAAGCAAGCCUACUGGACCUAUGCUUGUGGGGACCUAUUGGCCAGACCUUCCUCCAAAGAUUGAUGCGGCCUAUGAAAACCAAGAUGAAAAAACUGUCUUUUUUGCUGGUAAUGAGAUGUGGGUAUAUAAAGCAGAUGAACUGGAACGAGGAUAUCCUAAGAGUAUCUCAAGUCUUGGUCUGCCCUCUGAUAUUCAGCAUAUUGAUGCUGCUUUCAACUUUAGAAAAAACAGCAAGACUUACCUGUUUUCUGGAGAUAAGUUCUGGAGAUAUGAUGACAGCAGACAGUCAAUGGAUCCUGGAUUUCCAAAACUUAUUGCUGAUUCUUGGAAUGGCAUCCCAGAUAACAUAGACUCUGCCUUCAGCUUAAAUGGAAUUGAUUACAGCUACUUCUUCAAAGGAAACCACUAUUUCAAAUUGGAAGACAGCAGCUUGAAGAUUGUUAAACUUGAGAGCACUAUGCCGACGCAGCGAGUGUCCGCCCUGCCUCGGCAACAGUCCCUCCUGCUUCCAGCGGUCAUCAACCCGUUUGUACAGGACACAAAGCUGAGCAGGGCCACUAUCCUCCGUUGCGUCCUGAUAGGGAUCGUCCUGGUCCCUCUCCGGGCCAUCCUCGUGUCUCUGGUUCUCAUGGUAACGUGGCCAGUCUCACUCAUCAUAACCUUCAACUACCCCCUGAAGGGAGCCGUGGAGCCCAUGACAGGAUGGAGACGCUUCCUGUGUCUGAAUGUGAUGGCUGUUUUGGGGAAGCUCUAUUUCUUCAGCUUGGGCUUCAGGGUGGUCAUAAAGGGCAAGCAGGUGAGCAGUAAUGUGGCCCCAGUCCUGGCGGUGGCUCCACACUCUACGUUCUUUGAUGGGAUCGUCUGCAUUAUGGCCGGUCUGCCCUCCACCGUGUCCCGUGUGGAAAACCUGGCUACGCCCAUAUUUGGACGAUUUGUGCGUUGUCUUCAGCCAGUGUUGGUGUCGAGAAGGGACCCAGACUCGAGGAAGAAUACGAUUAAAGAGAUUGAAAGUCGAGCAAAGUCUGGAGGUCACUGGCCACAGCUUCUCAUUUUUCCAGAGGGAACUUGCACAAAUCGCUCAUGUCUUAUUACUUUUAAACUAGGUGCCUUCAUCCCCGGAGUUCCUGUACAGCCUGUUCUUUUACGAUAUCCAAAUAAACUGGAUACGGUGACCUGGACCUGGCAAGGAUUUGGCUCGAGCACUCUACUACUCCUCACGUUAUGUCAGCCCUACACAACCGUGGAGAUAGAGUUCCUUCCUCCCUGCAUUCCUUCAGAAGAGGAGAAGAAAUGCUCGGCCCUGUUUGCCAAUAAUGUGCGCAGUGUAAUGGCUCAGGCUUUGGGCGUGCCUGUUACAGACCACACGUACGAAGACUGCCGCCUCAUGAUCUCUGCCGGAGAGCUGACAUUACCCAUGGAAGCCGGGCUCGUCGAGUUUACAAAAAUCAGUCGCAAAUUGAAUCUAAAAUGGGACAAUGUUAAAAAGGAGCUCGAGAGUUUCGCUAAUAUUGCGAGAUCGUGCAAGGGAGGACGCAUUACGAUACAGGAGUUUGCCAAGUUCCUGCAGCUGCCUCUGAACCCAACCCUCGAAGAACUAUUUGCACUUUUUGACAGAGACCGAGAUGGCACCAUUGACUUCAGAGAAUAUGUUAUUGGGGUGACGAUCUUAUGUCGACCGGCCAACACAGAGGACGUUCUCCGCAUGGCGUUCCGGUUGUUUGACACGGACGAGGAUGAGAAGAUCACACACGAGGAGUUCACGUCUCUCCUGCGCUCUGCUCUGGGUGUGGCCAGUCUGAACAUGGCCAAGCUCUUCAAAGAGAUCGACGCGGACGGCUCCGGAUUCAUCACAUUCGCUGAAUUCGAAGCCUUUGCUCUCUCUCACCCGGAGUACGCUAAGCUGUUUACCACUUACUUGGAGCUGCAGCGAUACCAGGCCAUUCAGGAGGCCUCGCCGGGGGAUCUGGAACUGAGCGGUCAUAGCAUUUCUGAGGACAAGAUGGAGGACAGCAUCUCUGACAAAAAAGAUGACUGA